AUGAACAAGAUAUACAAUGUCAGUUCCAGAGGAUAUUUCAUCCUGAUGGGUUUCUCUGACCAGCCUCAGCUGGAGAAUGUACUGUUUUGGGUUAUCCUGAUUUUUUAUUGCUUGACCAUUGUGGGUAACAUUACCAUCAUCCUGAUUUCCUCCCUGGAACCUAGACUCCAUACGCCCAUGUAUUUCUUCCUCUCCAAUCUUUCCCUACUAGAGCUCUGUUUCACUACCAGCUGUGUUCCUCAGAUGUUGGUCAAUCUCUGGGGGCCAGAGAAGACAAUCAGUUACAUUGGUUGUGCCAUUCAACUAUAUGUUUUCCUGUGGCUUGGAGCCACCGAGUGUAUUCUACUUGUUAUUAUGGCUGUGGAUCGUUCUGUGGCAAUCUGUCGACCACUACAUUAUGUCUCCAUCAUGCAUCCCCGCCUCUGUCUUCAGCUAGUAAUUCUGGCGUGGGGAAGUGGCCUGAUUCAAUCAAUAAUCCAGAUACCAUCUACCUUACAUUUGCCUUUCUGUCUUCACCACAGAGUGGAUGAUUUUGUAUGUGAGAUACCAGCCAUGAUUCGCCUAUCCUGUGGGGACACCACCUAUAAUGAGAUUCAGCUAUCUAUAUCUAGCAUCAUUCUCCUGGUAGUUCCUUUGACUCUCAUCCUGAUCUCCUAUGGUGCCAUCACCAAUGCAAUCCUAGGGGUGAAGUCAACUGCUGGGCAGAAGAAGGCCAUUGGCAUCUGUGGCUCCCACCUUCUAGUGAUAUCCAUUUUUUAUUGUACUGUCACAGCUGUCUACCUUCAACCCAAGAGCCAAUAUAGUCAGAAACAGGGAAAAGUCUUUACUCUCUUCUACACUGUGGUCACUCCCACACUCAACCCUCUCAUAUAUACUUUAAGGAAUAAGGAAGUAAUGAUAGCAUUAAGGCAGCUCUUUUUUUGA